AUGUUUGGAGCGAACAUAUUGAACCAGAAGAACAGAAGCCAGGAUGCGGAAAUAUCGGAAAAUAGAUCUGAGUCGAGCGAUGACCAGCAGAGCGAGAUGACCUGGAUUGAAUGGUACUGUAGCCUUAAAGGGAACCAGUAUUACAUACAAAUCGACGAGUCGUUUAUAAGAGAUGAGUUUAACCUAGUGGGACUUCAGUACCAAGUAUCAUACUACAACAACGCGCUUCAGCUGAUACUGGACAACUACGAUAAUGAGUUCUAUGACGACGAUAACGAGUACGAAAGCGGCUCGGACAAGGGUAAACAGCAUCUGAUCAACAGUUCAGCGCAACUGUUGUACGGAUUGAUACAUAGCAGAUUUAUAAUAACAACGAAGGGGAUGCAGCUGAUGAUGGAAAAGUACAAGGAGAAGGUGUUUGGGUUCUGCCCAAACUUCAGCUGUGAAAACGCAACAGUGCUCCCAAUAGGAUUGGUAGAUACACCAGCACAUCAUACGGCAAAAAUAUUCUGCCCAUCGUGCAACGAAACGUAUCAUCCUCCCAAAACGAGUAGACUUGGCCUGAUAGAUGGAGCGUACUUUGGAACAACGUUCGCACAUUUAUUUCUAAUGGUCAACGAGGCAGUGGUAGGUGCUAAGAUGAAAUAA